AUGUUUAGCACACAAUUUCUAGGAUGGUCAUGGAUCCGGAUGGAUAUGACCACACCGUCUUCAUCUGCGACUGGUUUGGCCGAGUGUGACGACGUGCAAUGGCACCACGAUGGCCGGCCAGCCAAAAGGCGCAAAGGGACCUCCCUCACAGGCACAUCCCGGCCCUCGCCUCGAGAGAUUGGGAUUAUGAGAGAGACAAAACCCGAUGAUUCCGCAACCUUUCUGGGGAGUUCUAGUGGAAUUCAUUUUAUCCGGACCGUUUACAAUGCAUUUGCAAGGCGUUCAGCUGCCUUAGAGCAAGCGCGCGUCGGGAACCAGAGCUUGGUGCCUGGUGAAGACGAUCAGUUACAAAGAAGUCCCGGAAGGUCGCACGGGCUGGAUGAACUGUGUUUGAAGGACGAGCUGUCUCUUGAGACUCCUGAGUUUGUCUCAUUUGAGAGCCUCGUGGGUUGGUCGCGAAGCUACUUUGAAUACUGGCAUCCGAUCUUCCCCUUCCUGCAUGCACCGACCGUGUUGAAAACUAUGGAGACGGUCAGCGAGAGAGGAAUCGAGUCACUCGAUCGUGUUAAUCUAGCUAUAUUACGCUCUAUAUUCUCUAUAUCUGUGAUUGAUAAGCGCCAGGUGCAGGAGUCUGGUAUCGCAGCGGACCCGAUUCCUUCUGUUCUGGUGUAUCGAACCGUGCAAGAGGCGAUGGAAAGCAUCCACGCUUUGCUGCUUGAGCCCUCAACACUCCCAUUGCUACAGGCAGUAUUCAGCGUCCAGCUAGUACUGACGUCUGUGCUACGUCUCAAUACAGCUUCCAGAAUMGGGGGUUUGAUCACUCGAACUGCGUUUCAUCUAGGUCUCCAUCGGUGUCCCGCACGCUUCUCAUGCUUCAGUCAUGAUGAUGCAGAUAUCCGCCGUCGCCUCUUCUGGUCGAUUUAUUGUCUAGAAAGAUAUUUGUCCCAGGCUCUCGGCACUCCACCUAGUAUACAGGAUGACGACAUCGACGUCUGCUAUCCAUGGAGUGAAAGGCACGGAGAAAUAGGAAUGAUGCCGCAGGCGAAGAACUCUCACAACCACUUACGAUUGCUCACCCAUCUCGCCAAGUUUGCAAGGCUCAGGGGUCUUAUACUGGAGCUUCGCAACAAAUCCAUCCUCCACAGUCGUAACAAUGGGCUCGAGGCUGCGUAUGUUAACGGAGAACUUGCGCAAUGGUGGAACGAGGUCUAUGACGAUGUUUACCCCAUGGAAGAGGAGGUAGAAUGUCCGUCCCAGCACGAAGCCUCUUUGCGGCCUUAUCACCGCUUACUGCUUGUGGUCCUCAGACACGAGUCUAUCAUAUCAAUGAAUCGGCCACUGCUCGCCGCUGAACGACUCUCGCCAGAAUACAAACAAGCCCUACAGACUUGCAUUGAAUCGUCACGGUCCCUGAUUUCAGCUUUGAGAAAGUACCUGGUGGCCUAUAAUACCAACCAAAGUACCGAAGAUGCAGCAGGUAGUGAUAAACACCAAGCGCCGCUGUCUUGGCCGUCGUUUACCUGGGCCACCUGGAUGGCCUGUCUUAUCUUGAUGUACGCAGCAUCGGAGGGCGAGUUUUCAACUACAAGCGCCCUAAAGUAUGCAAAACUCGGCAUCUCCAUAUUGGAACAUCUCUCCCUGCGGAAGAGUAGCUGGCCGGAAACCUGUAUCGAAGCAAUCAAAGGCAUGGAGUCGGCCUUGAGAAACAACCUAGCUUCUGAUUCUGGGCGACAGUCUCCAGGACCCAGGGCAUUCCCCAGAAGCACGCCACGGACAACACUGUCAGUUCCAAGCCAGGCUCACAUGGACAUGGGGCCGAACGGUAGGAGGCAUUCAUUAUCAGUGCCGGAUGAUAGCAUGUCGCUAGCAGAUCCCCUAUCUUCACCCUUGAGAUCGAGAAUGAGUACUUCAAACAUUACUGAGAGGUCACCCGGUCUAUCCACCCCAGCACAUGAGCAACUGCCCAUGCCAAACCAGGCGCAUCACCCGUCGAGUUUCGCUCUGCAAAAUGACCAAUCCAGCCUCGGCAUAGAAACCGACAGCAUAAAUGACAUGAGCUCAGCUGGUUUGAUAUUCGGAGACACGAUGGGCUCACACUUUCCCUAUGCGAUCGCUGCCGGUCAGGAUCUCGCAUCUUUUGCAACUGCUGACCCGUUUGCUAUAAAUAGCCUAUGGAGUGUUGCGGAUGGGCCUUGGAUGAUUCACGAAAACUUUUCAUGA